AUACUACGUAACGCCGCUACCUGCGCUUUUUCUCGACUUUCCUUAUUCAUACAUAGCUCGGAAAACACCAUGACGCCUUCAUACAAUUCUAACACGACGGCAGAUGAAUUGGUCAACGACUUUACAAGUGAAAUCAAGGGCAAGAUUGUCCUCACCACCGGUGUAUCGCCCAGCACCCUCGGCGCUACUUUCGUGGAAAGCAUUGCCUCAGGACAACCAGCCAUGUUGAUCCUGGCUAGCCGCGAUACAAAGAAACUCCAGAAGACAGCAGAUGCUAUUACCGCGAAGCAGCCAAAUGUACAAGUGCGCCUUCUUCAGCUUGACCUUGGAUCGCUGGAUUUGGUACGCAAAGCCGCUGCUGAAGUUAUUUCAUGCGAGGAUGUUACGCAUAUCGACGUGCUGGUCAACAACGCUGGCAUCAUGGCAACCAAUUAUGCCCUCUCCCCUGACGGCUUUGAAAGCCAAUUUGCCACCAACCAUCUCGGGCAUUUCCUCUUUACCAACCUCGUCAUGGACAAAAUACUGGCGUCGAAAUCUUCGCGCGUAGUCAGUGUCAGCAGUGACGGACACCGCCUCAGCCCGAUUCGCUGGGGAGAUUAUAAUUUCAGGGAAGGUGAAACAUACAACAAAUGGAGAGCCUACGGCCAGUCCAAGACGGCGAAUAUGCUAAUGGCCAUUUCUCUAGCCGAGAAGCUUGGGCAAAAACGUGGACUUUUGGCGUUUAGUCUUCACCCAGGUGUAAUUAUGACUACGACGCUCGGAAGCCAUCUCGAUUGGAAUGUCGAUAUACCUGGUCUCCAAGAGGUGGACAAAUUUCUGGGGAAUGCCGAAGGAUGGGGCAGCUUCAACGCCAAGACAGCCGAGCAGGGUGCCGCGACGCACGUUUACGCGGCAUUUUCGCCGAGUUUGAAAGAACACAAUGGGGCUUAUCUGCAAGAUUCCCGCAUUGCGGACGCAUGGACGGACACGGUGAAGCCAUGGGCUACUAGCAGCAUUGAAGCCGAAAGAUUGUGGAAGCUCAGCGAGGAACUUAUCGGGCAGGAGUUUAGUUAUCAGUAAAUGAGUAUUCAACUGCCUUACCUGGUAACGAAAUCAUUAUCUCAAGACAGCUACGUCUUAUUGAUUGAAUGGC